ACGCGCUGUCGUAUCUCCUACACACGCUGUAACAAGGCUGAUUCUGGCUGCAGCGAAGGUUGCCUGUGACCUUAGACAGUCGGAGCCGUUGAAGCGUGGCGCAAUGGGACGCUCCCCAGCCCUUCCUCUGUGAAUCCUCCAGCUGGCGAGACAUGCGUGCGCAUUUCAUGCAGCGGGUCGCGCACAGCGCAGCAACAAAUGCAGGGACAGCAUUCCGUACACAACUGAGAAGGGCUCGGCAAUGGAGUAUCAACAAGUAGGUCGUCAGUCGAGAAGAAGGCGCAGUACAUCGCUUGUACUGGGGGUCUGCGUCGUGAUUCUGCUCAUUAUUAUCGGCGUUUCUGUCGCUGUAGCGCUCAGUCGCAGAAACUGCGCCGACUCGAAUGACAGCGACUUGAGAACAGUGAUUAUCACGAAAUGCAAAACUUAUCUGGCGGCUCACGAAGAAGAGUCAAGUGACAAUAACUGCGAGGAGAUAUGGAUGGCGUUCGCCGGCGCUUUCGUGGGGAGGGACUCUUGCGACGUUCCUGUGGAAGCCUACGAUCCUCUCGUCCGUGCCGUCAGCGAGAAACCCGCCUGCAAUCGGAUGUUGUUCUGGAGCAAGACCAAGGACAUUGUCCACCAGUUCACAGAGUCCAAGAAGUGCCUGGUUACCCUGGAGGAUACACUGCUGGGUUUUGUUAUGAAUGACCUCACCUGGUGCAGCAAGAACAACAGCAGUGAAACCUUCACCACUGGCUGCCCUGGUUGGAUCGAAUGUGAGAAGAACCCGGUUCGGUCCUUCUGGAACCGGGCCUCAGCAGCGUUUGCCGAGUCAGCCUGUGGCGAUGUCACCGCGAUGCUGAAUGGAUCGAUAGCCACACCUUUCAACGUCAACAGUAUAUUCGCCAGCGUCGAGGUCAAGAAGUUUGACCCAUCCAGAAUGAGGGCGCUGAAUGUCGUCCUGGUGACAAGAGGAAAUGACACGGUGACAUGUGACAACAGCUCUCUGCAGCGUCUGCGGGAGGCCAUUGACCCAAAGCUGAGGUACAGCUGCAGGGAGGUGCCCAGGUCAAAAAUCCUGGACUGCAUCUCAGACCCUGAAAAGCCAUGUGGUGACUGCUGGUGAUGAUGUCCAAUCAGGAAUGCAAAAGGCGGUACUUUGGAACAGCUGGUCUAGUCACAAUGCCUGAUUAAACAAAACAAAUGUUACAGGAUACCACUGAUGUUUAGGAAGGUAGUGCAGACCCUGGAUUAGAUUCAGAUAGUUUCAGAAUAUGGUUAGGGUUAGGGUUAGACUUGGGCAGGAAUCAGUGGUUAGAGCAACAUGCACUCAGAGCCACUAACUGUAUAAUAACAGCUAUUACAAAUCAAUGCAAACUAAGUGAUCAGCUGGGCACAAAAGCAACAAAGGGUCAAAGGUUAUUGAAACUCCAAUGAAGAUGUUGCUGGGUGUUGGGUUUUGUAUUGUAGAGCC